ACAAGAAGACCAAGUUCACUCUUCACACCGGUCGCCGUACAAAGAAGUUGCGCUGAAGGCUUUCUCUUGUGUUGUGUUAAGUUCAUAAAUUCUCUGGAUGGAAAAUCACGGACUUUACGCAAAAGAGCUCUAAGUGAAGUGUGCGAGAUAAAUAUUAAAGAUAAUAUUAGGAAAAUUUAUUGGAACUCUGCUCGAUAUGGCUACUGCUUUAUUGGCGUGCGAAAUUUGUGGCGAGGCAUUCGAUACCGGCAUUCACAAGCCGCUUUGCCUUUCGUGCGGCCACACAUUCUGCUUCACCUGCAUUACAAACAUAUUAACAGUGUCUGAAACGAAAAGGUGCUCAAAAUGCAGGAAACAAAUUUCCCAACUCAUAGAUCAAAUGCCAGUUAACUACUCAUUGAUUCCCCUUGAAGCAAUUGCUCGUUCAAAUCUCGUGCGUUCACGGUCGGCAACGCCGUGCCAUCAUAAAGACAAGCCGCAGGAUUUCUUCUGCGUGGACUGCUUGGAACUCAUGUGCUUCACGUGCAUCAGAGGCACGCACGCCACUCACAAAAUUGAACAGCUGGACGACCUGCUUCAGAAAGACGAAUGCGUCAUGGACUCGUGGUCCAAAAUACGGUCUACGAUGAAGAGCAAACUUGAAGGCAUGAAUAAUUUCGUCUCCGUAUCAGACGGUAUUUUGAGUUUGGCUGAUGAAAUCCUCAACCUGAAAAGUGAUUUUGAGGGCUGGAAGGAUGCGCUGCUGGCCCACAGAGUAUCAACAGAACAAGAUCUCGAGAUCUGGGGUAAUGAAACAAGCGUAACUGAUGAGAACAAAAGAAAAAAAUUAAAGGAAAUGCUCAGUCGUCUGCACUAUAAACCUGAAGAUUAUAGCAAGAGGUUCGAUGCGAGGGUGGAUGCAAUCAAAAUGAGGUUGGAUGCAGCCAGCAUGGAAUGUGCUACGUUGGAGGCACAAACAUGUCCGCUCAUGCCGCCCGAUGAACAAUGGAUAGUCACCAGCCGUGCUGAAGGAGAGCGAGCUGUCGCCAGCCUGACCAAAAACAUCAAGCCAAGUCGCCUCGUGGUGCUGUCCACCCACACCUGCCCCAUCCCGGGGCUUGGGGAGCUGAUGUCCCGCCUCGCCUCCCACAACACCGGCAACAUCAGCCUGCUGCCCCUGGACUUCUUCUGGAGGCCGGCAGGACAGGCGGACGGAGGCUUGGAAUAUUUCUACAACAAUUUUUGGAGGAAGGUGACUGCCAUGUACGGCUCCCCCAUAAUGGUAGUGGACAAUUCUUCGCCCCUGCACAUUUUUGUUCUUAACUAUCGCUACUACAACGUUCGUUUCGACUGCGAAGCCGAUUUAAAUCGUUGUCGUAAAUUGCCAGGUUGCAUUGAAAAUGUGUGCUGCGUCAGAAGCGUUCCGAAAGAAAUCGGCGUGGCCUUGAAGACCUACGGUUGUGUGGUCACCCGCUGGCACUUUCCUGAUCUCAGAGACGAGGACGUGGAGUGGCUGUCAUUCAUCCUGGCAGAGUAUUUCAACACGUCCCAUCAAUCUUGUGAGCUUGUCCUCCCGAGAGAUCAUCUCACGAACGAAGGCGCUCGUGAGCUGGUAAUGAAGAUGCCCAAUCUUGGGAAGCUGUACCACGAAGCUAACGCUGCUCACCUAACGUCAGCUUGCCACCCCAGUACCGAAUGCAUCGAGUUGGCAACCACCAACAUUCUUCACUGGGCUAUAGAACGUACACUGAAAGAUCAUAUCCACCCCAGCUUUACAUUUUGAAGCACUGAAUUCAAAUGAAAAUAAUUCUGACGUUCGUUUUGGUUCAAGUUUUUCUAAGAAAGGGGAGAGUUUUUUUCAAUUAUGGUACAUAGUCGACCAUGAUUCUAAUAAGUGGAAGAUAAUGACCACAAGAUACGAUGUGUCUAUUCAAAGUUUUCAUUUGCUAGCUCUAGAUUAUGAGCACUUAUCUAAGACCCUGGAGUUCGAUAAAUAAUAAAGCGCCAUAAGACCAGGCAGCGCAUGAGCGUGGAAUGGGACUACAACUUUCACAACAGAGGAAACGUAUUUUUUUGUGAUCAAUUCGAAAAUGUACAAGUUUGUCCUUUCAUUGACUUCUACCCUUUCACAAGCCUUCAGAUAAAAUCUUCACCAAAA